AUAACACCUAAUUUAAAGGUCAACUCUUUGAUAUGAUCCCCCAUUACUAUGUGUUCUCCAUCAACAUAUAAAGCAGAAUUCCAAGAGUCUGAAUCCCUCCUCUCCUAUCCUCUCCUCCAGUCUCCCCAUCUUAAUUUCUGGAUCAAAAGAUGGGAUCCCGACCACUAGAACUGACUGUUAUCUCUGCCAAAGGUCUUAAAGACAUAGGAAAACUGUCGAAGAUGGAUGUGUACGUAGCCGUGACCAUCAACGGCGACUCACGUACUGAGCAGAGGACACCCGUGGAUCAAGAUGGAGGAUCUAGCCCCAAAUGGUCUCAUCCCAUGAAAUUCACAAUCAAUGAAUCAAACCAGAUGAAGCUCGAUUUCCGCCUCCGUCAUGAACGUGUCCUACUUGGUGACAAAGAUGUCGGAGAAGUCCAUCUUCCGAUCAAGGAACUCCUUGACAAAGCCUCCUCCGGAGACAACUCUAAUUCCGUGCUGGCAGAGUUCCCAGUCCGAACUUCGUCUGGUAAGGAAAGAGGUAAGUUAAAAAUCUCAUAUAAGUUAGGGGCACCCACGCAGGCCACACCAUAUUAUCCUCCUCCCGGGGCUGCUGCAAUGCCACCACCAGGAAUGAACUAUCCUCCUCCUGGGGCUGCUGCGAUGCCACCACCAGGAAUGAACUAUCCUCCUCCCGGACCUGGGAUGCCACCACCGGGAAUGAACUAUCCUCCUCCUGCCGGGUACCCAGCACAGCCUGGAUACCCGGGGCCUUCGGCUUACGGAGGAGGAUAUGGGUAUCCUGCUGCUCCACCUCCUCAGUACGGAGCACCUCCUCAAUACGGUUAUCAGGGUGGGGCUCCGGGAGGGUAUCAGUAUUAUCAGCAACAGCCGCCAAGGAAGAGUGGUGGUGGAAUGGGGAUGGGGGCGGCGGUGGGAGCUGGGGUGGUGGGAGGGGUGAUAGGAGGGUUGGUGCUGGGGGAAGUUGUAUCGGAUGUAGUUGAUUUUGAUGAUGGUGGCUUCGAUUGUGAUUUCUGAAGCAUUUGAUUAUCUAUGAGCUUUGCUUGUUUAUGUUGAUUGUUCUUAUAAAGAGACCAAGUUUUAAAUCCUUGUAAUUUUACUUGGUAUGUUUCUGCAAAUUCCAUAUAUAUAUAUAUAUAUAUAUAGUCUCCAUUUCUCUAUCUCUUGGGUUUUAGGUUGUGUGUUUGUUUGUAGAGAAGAAUCUAAAAUGGGGAUGGAUACAUUCUUCUGAUCAGAAGUUCUCAAUGGUUGGUAAGGAUAAACAGUUAAUUUGUUGUUGGUGAAGACAAA